CUGCUGCAGAGAGAUUUCUAUUUUACUCUUGGCAGCAACAAUCCCACCUUACACCAGAUGGCGAACAAUCCAGUCUGCCUACAAAUCAAGUGGAAAGAUGAUUCCAUGGCUGUGGAAAAAUGGAAAAUGGUAUGUAAAUGUUUACUGUGAUUAUGAAUGGAUUAUAGUCAAUGCCUUUUUGCAUUUGUCAGGCAUUUCUCAAGUCAUGGUGUUCCCAUGUUUGCAAACUUGUCAUCAACUGCUGGGAUGUGGAAUUUGUCAUUGUUAAAUUUUGUAUUUUCUAUGAUAACAUGGUGUCUAAAAGGUACAUAAGCUUGGAAUUGGCUAAACUAUAACUAGCAAUUUUUCUUUUAGCUAAAAAUUAACUUAUAAUUUAAAUAAUGCAUGUAUCUUGACUUGAUUUUUCAUCAUGUUGUCCUGAUAGGGUAAAACAGGGUUUCCAUUCAUUGAUGCCAUAAUGCGUCAGUUGCGGCUGGAGGGAUGGAUUUCAGACAUUGCUCGUCAUGUUGUUGGUUCUUUUCUUACAAGAGGGUGUAUGUGG